GAUGGCGCAGGAGUAGCUUUCAAUGUUGUUUAUUUUUGCAUUUUCUCUUCUUCUGCAGUUCUGUUGACAUAAAUUAUUAUUAUUGUGAAACACGUACGGUUGUUAUAAUAAUAUGUACAUAACGUGAUAUUCUGUUCUCAGAUUGUGCCCACACGGCUUAAGUUUAAUUAAGAGGGUCAAGUAAAAUUGUGAAACUCAUGAUGGAUAAAAAACACCCACCCAUCAUCGGUGGCAGUGUUACUGUGAGUGUGUCGCAAAACGCAUCUGAGACCAAGCGUCCUGCAGAAAUGCCAACGAUGGCAAGCGGCGUUUCACAGGAAAUGAAAGAGAAAUUUGAAUCAUUGCGAAAAAGAAGAGAACUCAUUUCCAAGAGGUCAACAGAAAAACGCAUAUGCGAACUAAAGAGAAAGGUGUCUGAGAUAGUGCGCAAAGAGCUGUCAGAUCCAGAGGACAGACUGAUAGUCGAGGGAUGUGAUGUCAGUCUACAGGAUAGGGAUGUUUCUAACAAGAAGACAUGCAUAGAGCAACAGCAGCAGCAGCACAAGCAGCAGCAGGGCCGGAAUGGAGUUCCAAGCGAUCAGCUUUCACAUCUAUUACAAAGUCCUCACAACAAAUCAUCCCAUCAGACACUACCUUCUACGGAACUGGCAAGCUGGGUGUCUGAGCCAAAGACGUCCUCAGAACAGGUGACGCUGAGGGGUGACAACAAACGAUUAUGUAUACAGGAUGUUGCCAAGUACGUAGGACUGAAUGAUCGCUUGAAGGAUGUGGACCAUGGCAGGUAUGGCCCCAAGACCAAAUUAGAGCAGCGUAUUGAUGAGGCGAUUAGCAGGGAAGAUUUUCACCUGGCUGAGAGACUCAGUGAUCACUUGGCUGACCGGCAGAAAGAGGACGAGUCUAAACCGUCGAAAUACCGAAAGAAGAAGCUGAAAUGGACAUUUUCUAAGAAGGAGAGGUGGGAGACAAAAAGUGCCAUGUGAGCUGCAAGUUCUUAAAGACAUUGACAUAAAUUUUCAAAAUAAGCCAGUUGUCAAUUGCAAGUGAAAUUGAUAGUAACAGGAGUGUAUCAAUAUAUUGAUACACUCCUGAUAGUAACUGAAUUGGAUGCGAGAAAAUGACUGUAAAAGUUUGUUGCAUUGCUAAGGCUAGGUCAACAAUCAUGAAUGCCCAGCCUAAAGACUUUCUAAUAGGGUCUUCUAUUUUUUCUGUUAUACAAUAGUAGAGUUUAAUAGCAUGUAAAUAGUCAAGAAUAAAGAUGUAAUAAUAAUAAUUGAAUAAACUUGUACAUUAAAAUAAAAUGUAGAAAAUAUUAAAAAAUGGAUUUACUAUGUGAUAGAUUUAGAUAUGUGAAUAUACUGAAGUAUGUCAUCUAAAAAAUGUUGAACAAUGCUAGAGAAAAACAUAAACAGAAUACUAAAUA